AUGCGGGCGCCACUGUGCCUGCUGCUGCUCGUCGCCCACGCCGUGGACAUGCUGCCCUUGAACCGAAGGAAGAAGCAAGUGGGAGCUGGUCAGGGGGGCAACUGCACAGGCUGUGUCAUCUGCUCAGAGGAGAACGGCUGCUCCACCUGCCAGCAGAGGCUGUUUCUGUUCAUCCGCCGGGAGGGCAUCCGUCAGUACGGCAAGUGUGUGCACGACUGUCCCCCCGGCUACUUCGGCAUCCGCGGCCAGGAGGUCAACAGGUGCAAAAAAUGCGGGGCCACGUGUGAGAGCUGCUUCAGCCAGGACUUCUGCAUCCAGUGCAAAAGGCGGUUCUACCUGUACAAGGGGAAGUGUCUGCCCACCUGCCCGCCGGGCACCACGGCCCAGCAGAGCACCCGGGAGUGCCAGGAGGAGUGUGAGCUGGGCCCCUGGGGCAGCUGGAGCCCCUGCACGUACCACGGGAAGACCUGCGGCUCGGCCUGGGGCCUGGAGACCCGGGUUCGAGAGGCCAGCCGGGCCGGGCAGGAAGAGGCGGCAGCCUGCCAGGUGCUGUCCGAGUCAAGGAAAUGCUCCAUCCAGCGGCCCUGCCCAGGAGAGAGAAGCCCGGGGCAGAAGAAGGGCCGGCGGGAGCAGCGGCCGCGCAAGGACAGGAAGCUGGACCGCGAGCCCGACCCCGACCGCAAGCCGCCCGUCAGGGCCAGCCAGCCGCCCGCCUGA